UCCUCAUUGCCAAGCGUGGUUUCACGCCGUCUACGUCGCGCGACGGUUAGCUCCAAUCAAAAAACACGCUCUUCUAUUAAAACAAACUCAAUUUUUUUUGUUUUAUCCUAAAAUGUUUUUUUAUUGUUUAGUCACGUAAGGAUUUCGUGUGUAAUGCAUUUUUAACAGACUGUGGACAUAAAACCUCAUAUGUGUGUUCGCCAAUGUUGGGCUAUACCGCCUACAGGGAGUGGUCGCCUGGAGGAGCAGCGCAGCAGCAGCUGUCCGUGGUGACCACGGUGUGGGGAGUGACCACGUCCACGCAGUCGGCGCCGCAGAACUUUGGGGCGGGUGGCGGCGGGGGGUACACGCAAGCCAACAAGCCGGGUGUCGGAGCCACGUUCCCGGGACCUGGGGGAUACAGGCAGACCGCGCCGGGGAGCGGGGUCGGCUCGACCUAUGGCGCCGCUGGUAUGAACGGAGGUCCUGGAGCUAAUGCUGACGGCCAGUACCACAGCCCCUCGUCUGCACUCAGCGCUGCCGCCAUGGUCGCCGCAGCCACCGCCACCGCCACUGCCACCGCUAGUGUUGUUGCGCUUCAGGAGCGUCAAGAUAUCAACUCCCAAUUUGGGCAGAUGCAGGUACCACAAGGUAGCCAGCAGUACGGGGGAAGUUACGGAGCCCAGAGAUCCCACGGACCCAUGGGACCUAUGAACGGCAUGAACCCCAUGAGCUCCAUGGGGAACAUGGGCAUGAUGGGGCAGGGAUCGGGCCCCAUGCACGGCAACAUGAUGUCCGGAGGCAUGGCACCCGGGAUGGGCAAAAUGAGCAUGCAGCAAGGGCCAGCGCACCAAGUGUAUCCUAGGAGGCUAGCUCCGUAUCCUAGCCCUGCGAUGCACAUGUCCCAGAAGAGACAAGGAGCGUACCCCACUCCGGGACCUUCCCCCACCAUGCAACCGGGGUUCCCCCCUCAACCUUCCCCCCAGUAUUCAAGUGGGUAUGGAGCCGGCAGGCCGGGAUUCCAAGGACAAUACCCACCACAGCAGACGAUGGGGGCAGCGGGGGGAGUCUUCGGACCGACCGGGGCAACGACCGGGGCCCGGGGCUCCACCGGAGUCAUGAGGCAGACGACGCCUCCCUACACCACCUCCGGCGGUCAGUCGGGGCAGUACUUCGGCCAGUUCCCUCCCCACCAGGGCAGCGCAGGUCCCCAGUACGGGGCCAGUCAGUUCCAGCAAGGGGGCAGUUACCAGCAUAGCCCCAUUCCCGGGAACCCCACGCCCCCUCUCACCCCUGCCACCAGCAUGCCCCCCUACAUCAGUCCCAACGCUGAUAUCAAGCCUAACUUCAACGAACUCAAGCCUCCUCUCCCUGUACAGAAAGAUGACGAGCUGAGACUAACGUUUCCUGUACGAGACGGAAUCAUCCUGCCACCCUUCAGGCUUGAGCACAACUUGGCCGUCAGCAACCACGUCUUCCAGCUCAAACCCACAGUCCACCAGACGCUCAUGUGGAGGUCGGACUUGGAGCUGCAGCUAAAGUGUUUCCACCACGAGGACCGGCAGAUGAACACCAACUGGCCAGCCAGCGUGCAGGUCUCUGUCAAUGCCACGCCUCUCACCAUCGACCGAGGCGAGAACAAGACCUCCCAUAAACCUCUGUAUCUGAAGGAAGUAUGCCAGCCAGGCAGAAACACCAUCCAGAUCACAGUCUCCGCUUGUUGUUGUUCGCAUCUGUUUGUGCUGCAACUGGUGCACAGGCCGAGCGUCCGAAGUGUGCUGCAAGGUCUGCUCCGCAAGAGGCUACUCACUGCGGACCACUGUAUUGCUAAGAUCAAACGCAAUUUCAGCAAUACAGCAUCCUCAGGCCUCAAUUGUCCUGACAGGGAUGGCGUGGAGCAAACAGCCCUUAAGGUUUCACUGAAAUGUCCAAUCACGUUCAAGAAGAUCACACUGCCGGCAAGAGGGCAUGACUGUAAACACAUCCAGUGCUUUGACCUCGAGUCGUACCUGCAACUCAACUGCGAGAGAGGCUCUUGGAGGUGUCCAGUUUGCAAUAAACCCGCCCAGCUGGAGGGCUUGGAAGUUGACCAGUACAUGUGGGGAAUCCUCAACACUCUGACCUCCUCGGACGUGGAGGAGGUCACCAUCGAUUCGGCGGCCAACUGGAAGCCGGCGCGGAACGGUGGCAUCAGCAUCAAGUCAGAGGACGACACCAGUGAAUCGUGCGGAGCCAAGAGACUCAACAAGGCCAUGAGUCCUGGCAGCAUGACUCUGCCCACGAUGAGCAACUGGGACAUGAGUCAGUCCAUGAGUCCGUACAUUCCUCCAGACAUGAAUAGUAUUGCCAGUGGAUCCAUGAUGAACUCUGGUCCGCCCUCCUACUCCAGUACCAUGGGGCGAGGCUACGACUUCAACUCCAACACUCCUGGCAGCAACAAUGAGUUCUCUAGCGGACCACUCAGCCAUCUCAGUGAGUCCGUCAACUCCCUGGAUCCUCUCAAUGCCAUGGAGAAAAGUCUCAAUGAACAAAUGCCCCACACACCACACACUCCCCACACGCCGCACACCCCUCACACACCAGGAGGCACACCGGGCAGCGGCGGAGGGGGAGGUGGGGGCAAUGGCAGCGGCCCCCCCUCUGUACCCCCUACCACUACUGCUGAAAACUCCGUACCCCCGCCUACUGACAACGACAUCCCCAGUGACCUGAACUUUGACCCUGCGGCAGUCAUCGAUGGUGAAGGCCAAGGACAAGAAGCUCUCAAUCUGCUGCCCGAUAACGUUGUUGACCCGAUGGAGCUCCUGUCUUACUUGGACCCCCCUGAUCUGGCAACACCCCCGUCGAGUGGAGCCAGUAGCAACGGCAACAUGGGCACCCCGGGAGCUCACACCAGCGACGACAUCUUGGCACUCUUCGAGUGAACGGCCUCGCCGCCCCGCUCCACAAACUAUAGUUAUGUUCCUUCACUUGAAUCUUAGUUGCCAUUCGGUCGGAGAGAGACGUUCACGAUGGACACCUAGUGCGGACACGUUCCUCCGGUAGCGAGUUUUGUCUUUCUUACAGGACUAUUUAUUUUUAUCUUAACUUGCUGUACCUUACUGGAUAGAUACUUUCUCUCGGCGUAUCUAUGUUCCUUUAUUUUGUAUUUUAAAUUAUAGAUAUUGUAAAUUAUAUCUGUACUUGGAUUGAAUAGUUUAUUUUCUGUUUUAUAUUUAUAUUUUUCCUGUAGGCGGCACAAAUCGACUCCAAGCCAUCUUGUACUCGUUGUAAAUUCUAAUGUAAAUUAUCAAAAACAUAAGUUGAAAAUCCAUAACAUUGCUGGGAAAAUUUAUAUUAAAAACAUAAACUAAUUGCUGAACCUCCUAAAAAUUAUAGUUUUUUAUGUUUUCAAUAUGCAUUACCUAAGUUAUUGUUUUGAAAUUUUUAAAAAAUGAUUGAAAAUAAAUUUAUACUCAAAACAGGUAAAAUAGAGAAAUAGGUCUAAAAUUGUUUUUAUUAGUUUAAAAUUACUAUACCUUAUUUAGUUUUAAACUUACUUUCUCCAAAACUUGGGUGUUUUAUAAAGUUGAAAAUUGGGUUUAUUUCCUUGAAAACACUUGCUGGAAAAAGUCACUGGUAUCACUUGGUAGAAAACAUUAACUGUGGUAUUUACACCGAGCUAAUAUAUUCCUAUGCUGUGUUGUCGUUUUGUGUCGCCAUUUUGGUUCCAUUUUUGUAUGGUUCAGAGAGAGAUGUUGCGUAACGCAAUACGUGUACUUAGCGAACGUGUAUCUAUGUACAUAAAACUACUAUAAUACAAUGGCACAGUAUGAGUAAUGGUGGCCAGUCCCCUAGAGAAUAGUAUACAAUAGUUGAAAUUUAAAUAAAGAUAAUUAACGAUUAAUUAAAUACUAUAUUUUAAUUGUUGUUGGAACCAAACUGUAAGUAAUAAUAUAGUCGUGAGCGUGUGAGUUAGCGAGCGAGUGAGCGAAUGAGCGAGAGUGGUUUGAGACUUCUCUCUUUCUAUUCUAAAGCUUUUGUCUCAAAAGUGAAGCACGUACAAGCCACUAUCUCUCUGUUGGUUCAUAGUUUUUCAGAAUUCCAUAUACGUUUAUUGAUUGACAAACUAAAAUUCAAGCAAAAAGCAGUUUCAUAUAAAAUCAAAAUGGUGCAAUUCUUUAAGCUUACUUAAGAUACUGCUAAUUUAUUUUGAGAAGUUUUAAGGCCAAAACAAAUAUGCCUCUAAAAAUUAUCAAUUAAAAUAAUGUAUUUAACAAAAUAAAAAGUAUCAUAACCAAAGCUAAAAAUUGUUUUUUAAUCCUGAAGAGGUGCGUUUUAGCUUUCUAUUGUCAACAUAUGUCACUGUUACAAAUAUUUGAUAUUUUUGUUUGUUUACACUUUGAAUUUUAUUUUAAAGCAUAAAUAGUAUACACUCAUAAUGAGUUGACAUUUUUAUGUUUCUCGUUAAGUUUCAAAACUCUCAUUAGUUUUAUACUUUUAGAAAUUUUUACUAAACGUAAAGCAUAAAAAAUUAAUUCUGGGUAGGAAAACUUAAAAUGGAAGUCUAGAAACAUGCCCAUUUCAAACAGUGACUUUCUUUGGACACAUUAUUUAUUAUAUUUAUAGAAUGCAUUAAAAAAUGAACCAAUCAGAAAUUUGUUUAAUGAAUUUUCUAAACAUGUUCAAUAUUUACAAGUAAUUUAUUACCAAUAAGGGAACGUAAAAGAACGUUAAAAUGUUGAGAAGUAAUAAUAAUGCUGUACGUGCUUCAUAUUUAGUACCAGCCCUGUAUUUUGUGUAAGUAUGCGGUGCAUAUUAAUUUAUAUCCGUUUAAAAAUGUGAUCAAUAAAAUUUAUGGGUGAAAAUUCGACACCAAUAGUUGAGACAAAGAUAAGUAUUCCAGGGAUUUUAUAUUAGGGCUAGAUUAUUGGAGGCAUCUAUUUUUAUGUUCAUAGCGUUUUAAUGUAUUAAGUUUGAUUUUGCUUUUUAGGAGUUCUUUGCCGUUAUAUACCGAUCGCACUGAGGUUCAGUUAUGACACACCCUGGCUAGUGUGUUUAUGCGGUAGAUUGAGUUGUACAUAUCGGUUUUAAUGGAAAUAUAAUCAAUACUUAAGUGACACUUAAGUAUCACCAGACUGUGAUAUCAAUAAUUUCUAUUCUCUUAAAAUUUGGUUCUGUGAAUAUUGAAAAAAAUAUUAUUUUAAGUCUUAAGUAAGUGUACAUACUCUGUAAUGUUCGUGUAGUUCAAAAACUAACAAGUAUUUAGCCCAUAACUAUGUGUUGCAAAAGUUCUUAUGUGUUCCUAUGUAUCUAAGUGAAAUUGAAAAUGUAAUCUAGCCCUAAAUGUCGCAUUUGCACUUGCGUUAUUUACGGUAAGCGAAGGUUGUAGUAGAGAAAUGUUAAAUGUUUAUUUUUCUAUUGCUAUAGCAGACGCGAGCGACGCUGCGCUGUCGUUAUCGCUGUCGUUGUCAAAGUUAGACACAAAAUCACAGUACAAACAGUUGUUAUUAUUUGGAAAGAACUAUUCGUUUGUUAUCUGUCGCUUUGCUUAGAUAACUAAUAAACAAUCAGCGUUUUUGUUUUGGAUGUCGUUUGUACAACUUCCACCACGAUUUCAUUUUUCACCCUAAACAAUAAACUCGUCUAUAGUCAAAUUUUGUAAGAAAACUGUCAAAACGGAGAAAAGAUCAAAAUGAUUUAGGUAAAUUAACGUUAAGAGUUUGAUACGUCGUUUAAGAAAUCAGUUUAGAGUGUAUAUAAGGUAACCUCAUCUAGAUUUAUAUAAAAUAGUAUUUUUUAUUUAAGUUUUUGGGAGCAAAAGUAUUCUAUUUUUAAUACACUUGGGGAGGUAACCACCUGUCUCGCCCAGGUCUAACGGUCUCUAUGUGAUUUUCUAAGUAUUAAUGCGAGAGACAGGUGGGAACCCUGUUUUUACUGUAUUUUUACUUACGUAUGUUUGUCUAAAUCCUGUACAGUAUUUGAGUCUAAAAGAUCUAUAUAUUAAACGUGUACUAGAAUGCAUUUCACGAUUCAGAACAAUCAACAGAACUAUUUUUGUUAAUCACGAAACGAUGGAUAACCAAAAAUCAAGACUACCGUCACGGAAAUGCGUUCUGGUCCACCUAGCACAGGAGUGUCAACUCGUUUUACUACAUGUCUUUAAAGGCUUGACAGUUUUUAUGUUUAUAUCUCCUUUGGCAAUGUAGACCAUCCAACUAAACGAUUGUAUCUAGUGACAUCAUUACUAAACUUAGUUUUUGGACCAAUUCUAAACGGAACUACAAGAUUGCUGCUCUCGCUUCUGCCCGCCCUGCCCAGACCUAGACUGCUAGUCUUCCUGCGUUGCUUUCUUCUGCGCCUCUGCCCUGCUCCACCCGACAGAUCAAUAUUGUAAAUAGUUUUCAUAGUAGAUGUAUUUAUGCAACAUGUUCUAUUAUACACUUGGCAACAAACAGAA